ACAGGCGGCCCCGGGGGCGGUGGCGGGCCAGGCAGUGGCCCCGGCGCGAUGGCGGGGGCGGCGGGGCGCAUGGCCGAAGUGAGCUGGACGGUCUUGGAGCGGAGAGCCCGGGCCAAGCGCUCAGGCUCCGUUUAUGAACCUCUCAAAAGCAUCCACCUGCCGAGGCCCAGCCAGGAGACCCCGUGGGACAAGCUGGACCAUUACUACAGGAUCGUCAAGUCCACGUUGCUGCGGUAUCAGAGCCCAACCACGGGCCUCUUUCCCACGAAAACGUGCGGUGAUGACCAGAAGGCCAAGACCCACGACAGCCUGUACUGUGCCGCGGCGGCCUGGGCGCUGGCCCUCGCGUACAGGCGCCUGGACGACGACAAGGGGCGGACCCACGAGCUGGAGCACUCGGCCGUCAAGUGCAUGCGAGGGAUCCUCUACUGCUACAUGCGGCAGGCUGAUAAGGUCCAGCAGUUUAAGCAAGACCCGCGCCCGACCACGUGUCUGCACUCUGUCUUCCAUGCGCGCACGGGCGACGAGGUGCUGUCCUAUGAGGAGUACGGCCACCUGCAGAUCAACGCCGUGUCCCUAUACCUGCUCUACCUGGUGGAGAUGACGUCCUCCGGCCUGCAGAUCGUCUACAACACGGACGAGGUCUCUUUUAUCCAGAACCUGGUAUUUUGUGUUGAAAGAGUUUACCGAGUGCCUGACUUUGGUGUCUGGGAAAGAGGAAGCAAGUACAACAAUGGCAGCACAGAGCUGCACUCGAGCUCCGUCGGCUUAGCCAAAGCAGCUCUGGAAGCAAUUAAUGGAUUCAACCUCUUCGGCAACCAGGGCUGCUCUUGGUCGGUGAUCUUCGUGGAUCUUGACGCUCAUAACCGUAACAGGCAGACUCUGUGCUCACUGCUACCCAGGGAAUCAAGAUCUCACAACACAGACGCUGCCCUGCUCCCGUGCAUCAGCUACCCUGCCUUUGCCCUGGAUGACGAGGCUCUGUUUAUCCAGACAUUUGACAAAGUGGUUAGAAAGUUAAAAGGAAAAUACGGAUUUAAGCGGUUCUUGAGAGAUGGGUAUAGAACAUCCUUGGAAGAUCCCAACAGACGCUACUACAAACCAGCUGAAAUCAAGCUAUUUGAUGGCAUUGAAUGUGAAUUCCCCAUAUUUUUCCUGUACAUGAUGAUUGACGGCGUUUUUAGAGGCAAUUCUCAACAAGUCAAGGAGUAUCAGGAUCUCCUAACUCCAGUUCUUCAUCAGACAUCAGAAGGUCAUCCUGUGGUACCCAAGUACUAUUAUGUGCCAGCUGAUUUUGUAGAAUAUGAAAAAAGAAACCCUGGCAGUCAAAAGCGGUUUCCUAGCAACUGUGGCCGCGAUGGAAAGCUGUUUCUUUGGGGACAAGCCCUGUAUGUCAUCGCCAAACUCCUGGCUGAUGAAUUAAUCAGUCCUAAGGACAUUGAUCCUAUCCAGCGCUACGUCCCACUACAGGAUCAGCGGAAUGUGAGCAUGAGGUUUUCCAACCAGGGCCCACUGGAAAACGACCUGGUCGUCCACGUCGCACUCAUAGCGGAGAGCCAACGCCUGCAAGUCUUCCUCAACACGUACGGGAUUCAGACGCAGACCCCUCAGCAGGUGGAGCCCAUUCAGAUAUGGGCCCAGCAGGAGCUUGUGAAGGCUUAUUUCCACCUGGGUGUCAACGAGAAGCUAGGACUCUCGGGGAGGCCGGACAGGCCCAUCGGCUGCCUGGGCACGUCCAAGAUAUAUCGCAUUCUAGGGAAGACGGUGGUUUGUUACCCUAUCAUCUUCGACCUGAGCGAUUUCUACAUGUCCCAAGAUGUUUUACUGCUCAUAGAUGACAUCAAGAAUGCGCUGCAGUUCAUCAAGCAGUACUGGAAGAUGCAUGGCCGCCCGCUCUUCCUCGUCCUCAUCCGCGAGGACAACAUCAGAGGUAGCCGGUUCAACCCCAUAUUAGAUAUGCUGGCAGCCUUUAAAAAAGGAAUGGUUGGCGGAGUCAAGGUUCACGUCGAUCGCCUGCAGACGCUGAUCUCUGGGGCUGUGGUGGAGCAGCUGGACUUCCUGCGCAUCAGCAGUACGGAAGAGCUUCCUGAAUUUAAGAGUUUCGAGGAACUGGCGCUUCCCAAACAUUCAAAAGUCAAACGACAAAGCAGCGCCUCCAACUCUCCUGAGCUGGAGCGGCCACCGGAAGUUACUGUUGCCGAGUGGAAAAACAGACCCACCCAGGACAUCCUGCAGAAGCUGCAGGACUGCGGCUGUCUGGCCAGCCAGGUCGUCCUGCUGGGCGUGCUGCUCCGAAGAGAGGGCCCCGACUUCAUCACGAAGGACGGUACCGUUUCUGACCACAUCGAGAGAGUCUAUAGAAAAGCUGGCAGCAAAAAGCUUUGGCUGGCGGUGCGCUACGGGGCUGCAUUUACCCAGAAAUUUUCUUCCUCCAUAGCCCCGCACAUAACUACCUUACUGGUCCAUGGGAAGCAGGUAACCCUGGGAGCCUUUGGGCACGAAGAAGAGGUGAUCUCGAACCCGCUGUCUCCGAGAGUGAUUAAGAACAUCAUCUAUUACAAGUGCAACACCCACGACGAGAGGGAGGCGGUCAUCCAGCAGGAGCUGGUCAUCCACAUUGGCUGGAUCAUCUCCAAUAAUCCCGAGCUGUUCAGCGGCAUGCUCAAAAUACGCGUGGGGUGGAUCAUCCACGCCAUGGAGUAUGAGCUGCAGAUCCGCGGCGGGGAGAAGGCGGCCGCGGACCUGUAUCAGCUGUCGCCCAGCGAGGUCAAGCAGCUGCUGCUGGACAUCCUCCAGCCUCAGCAGAACGGGAGGUGUUGGCUGAACAGGCGUCAGAUCAACGGGUCUCUGAACCGGACGCCCCCGGGGUUCUACGACCGCGUGUGGCAGAUCCUGGAGCGCACGCCCAACGGCCUCGUCGUGGCUGGGAAGCACCUGCCACAGCAGCCCACCCUGUCCGACAUGACCAUGUACGAGAUGAACUUCUCGCUGCUUGUGGAGGACAUGCUGGGGAACAUCGACCAGCCACAGUACCGGCAGAUUGUUGUGGAGCUGCUCAUGGUUGUGUCCGUUGUCCUGGAAAGGAACCCAGAGCUGGAGUUCGAAGACAAAGUCGACCUGGACAAGCUGGUUAAAGAAGCGUUUCAGGAAUUCCAAAAAGACGAGAGCCGACUGAAGGACACAGGCAAAGAAGACGGCAUGACUUCCUUCUACAACACCCCCCCGCUGGGCCAGCGGGGCACCUGCAGCUAUUUGACGAAGGUCGUGAUGAAUUUGCUGCUGCAGGGGGAGGUCAAGCCAAGCGGCGACGACCCGUGCCUGGUCAGCUAGCGAGGAGGCGGGCGGGCUCAGCUGAGCCCCGCCUCCCCGGGCGCGCCCC